UCGCCCCUCUGAUCCCCACCACCACCUCAUCCCAAUCGCCGUCUGCUUCUCUCCUCAGCUUCUCCUCCGUCCGUCGAGUGCCUCGCCGAUCCCCUCAGUCAUGGCGAUGUUGUGGCCGUCGCCGCCGUUCCUGUACGCGCCGUCACCGGUCGUGGCGUCGCUGACGGCGGCGUGCGCCGCCACGCUGGCCUUCCUGGCGAUCUCCGAGUUCCGCGGCGCGAACCUGCGCUACUCCAAGUUCGGCGGCCGCGCCAAGAAGGGCGCCGGCGGCGGCGGCGGCGGCGGCGGCGCGCUCCUCCUGCCGAGCCGCGUCGGGAUGCUCGUCAUCUACGCCCCGGCGCUCGCCGCCGCGCUCGCGUCCUUCUUCGUGCCGGGCGCCGUCGAAGGCGCCCGCGCGCGGAUCCUCGCCGCCGCCGUCGCCGUGCACUUCCUCAAACGGGUGCUCGAGGUGCUGUUCGUGCACCGGUACAGCGGGAGCAUGCCGCUGGGCACGGCCCUGCUGAUCUCCUCCUGCUACCUGUUCAACGGCAUGGCCAUGAUCUACGUGCAGCACCUCAGCCACGGCCUGCCGGAGCCCGCCGUCGACCUGCUGUACCCCGGCGUGCUCGCCUUCGCCGUCGGCAUCGCCGGCAACUUCUACCACCACCACCUCCUCUCGAGGCUCCGAGCCGACGGCGGCGACAAGGGGCACUACAAGAUCCCCCGGGGCGGCCUGUUCGAGCUCGUCACCUGCCCGCACUACCUCUUCGAGAUCAUCGGGUUCUUCGGGUUCGCCAUGAUCUCGCAGACGGCGUACGCGCUCGUCGUGGCCGUCGGCACCGCGGCGUACCUCGCCGGCCGGAGCUACACCACCAGGAAGUGGUACGCGGCCAAGUUCGAGGAGUUCCCGGCGAGGGUCAGAGCUCUUGUGCCGUAUGUCUGGUAGUAGCGAGAGAGAGGGAGACUGCGUACUCUGUAUGUGAUUCGCGGUGAAGAGAUUGACCACCUGGUGAGGGUGAUUUGGGUGUAUUGAUUUGGAUAGAAUAAUGUGUGUGAGCCUGCUGGGUUUUAUUUCCA